CAUCAAUAAACAAAUUUAUCUCUAAGUGAGGGGCUUCAAGCAAAUCUUCGAACUUCAACAAUGUCUAGCUCAAACUCCCUUCUCUUAUUCUUCUCCGUCUUGUUCACGUUAAUCUUCUCACUCGUACCUGUCAAUUCUGAUAUUGAGGUGGAGAGACCACCUCAACCGCUCCACCCGGUAGCUCCUGUGGGCAAACUGUCAGCACCUCCUCAGCCGGCACCAACGGUUAAACCGCCUUCACCUCCAACUACACCGCUUCCACCACCAGUUAUGCCAAAAGAUUGCCCUAAAUUGUGUGAUGUUAGAUGUGGUUCGCAUUGGAGACCGAAGGUAUGUAUUAGAGCAUGCAGAACAUGUUGUCUCAGGUGCAAAUGUGUACCACCCGGCACGUAUGGAAACAGAGAGAAGUGUGGCAGAUGUUACACAAAUAUGACUACUCAUGGUGGUCGACCUAAGUGUCCUUGAUCCGCUUAAAUAUCUUCUCUGUAGCUUUGUAAGAUCAAAUGUUUAAUGUCACUUUCUGAGUAGUCGACCUAAGUGCCUUGAUCCCCUUAUAUAUGGUUUAUGUAACUUUGUAUGAAAAGAGACCAACGGAAAAACCUGAUGUCACAUUUCACU